AUGAACGACUGCGCCGUCGUUCUCCCGAACGAGAGCGACAAGUGGCUGUCUUUCGACAAUUAUGACAGAAAGGAGCGACUUCCCUUCGUAGUGUACGCGGAUCUGGAGUGUCUUCUCGAGCGACGGGAGAGGGAGAACGUCGAGGGGGGCCCGAGAACGGAAAGAUACGCUUAUCAGCGUCACGUACCGUUCAGCGUGGGCUACUAUCUGUGCUGCACCUACGACGAUACCGCGUCCGCGUACAGAUAUCGUCGCGGCGAGGAUUGCGUUUCGUGGUUCGUGAACGAGCUUCGCGUUCUCGCGCGUCGCGUUAAGAAUAAAUUUUCCACCAAUGUAGCGAUGGUGGAACUCACGGAGGACGAGAAAAGCGAAUUUCUGCUCGCGACUCAUUGUCACGUGUGCGAGAAACCGUUUCAACCGGAGAACAAUCGCGUGCGGGAUCACUGUCACCUAACCGGACGUUACAGAGGUCCGGCGCAUUCUCGUUGCAAUCUGAAUUAUAGAAACGUUUACGUGAUUCCCGUGUUCUUUCACAAUUUGUCGGGUUAUGACGCGCACUUCGUCGUCGAAAAAAUCGCGAACGAUUUCGAGGGCGGAGUCGAUCUGCUGCCCCUCACGAAGGAAAGCUACAUAUCUUUCUCGAAGACCGUUAAAGAGACGCAGACGGACGGGAAAUGGGAUUGGUACGUGAAGCUUCGAUUCGUGGACUCGUAUAAAUUUUUAGCGGCGAGUAUCGAAACCCUGGCGUCCUAUCUGAACGGGGACAAGCUGAGAAUCACGCGUUCGGAGUACGCGGAUUUCAGCGCGGAGGAUCUCGAUCUGCUCACUCGCAAGGGUGUGUUUCCGUACGAGUACGUCGACGGCGCGGACAAACUGCGGGAUACCGAGCUUCCGCCGCGCGAGGCCUUUUACAGCUCCCUGACCGACGAGACCGCGAGCGAGAGCGACUACGAGCACGCGACGAGGGUCUGGCGACGUUUUCGCGUGCGAGAUCUCGGCGAGUACAGCGAUCUGUAUCUCAAGACCGACGUGCUUCUUCUGGCGGAUAUAUUUGAAAAUUUUUGGGACGCGUGUUUGGCGAGUUACGGGCUCGAUCCCGCGCAUUACUACACGUUGCCGGGGUACACGUGGGACGCCAUGCUGAGGUGCACCGGCGUGCGUUUCGAGCUGCUCACCGACAUCGACAUGGUGCUGUUCGUAGAACGCGGAAUACGCGGCGGCCUCAGUCAAUGUUCGCUCAGGUACGCGCGAGCCAAUAACAGGCACGUACCGACGCACGACUCGUCCCAGCCCACUACGUAUCUCAUGUAUUACGACGUGAACAAUCUGUACGGCUGGGCUAUGAGCAAAUCGUUGCCCUACGCGAAUUUCCACGACGUCGGUUACAUUUUGGAGGUGGAUCUCGAGUACCCGCGAGACCUGCACGACACCCACGCGGAUUUGCCGUUGUGCCCGACGCGCGACAAACCGCCCGGCAAGCGACAGGAAAAAUUGCUCGCCACUCUCUACGACAAAUCGCGUUACGUGACGCACUAUCGAAACCUGCAGCAAUGUCUGCGACUAGGUAUGCGUUUGACGCGCGUUCGUCGCGUUCUACGAUUCGCCCAGUCGCCGUGGCUUCGCGUCUACAUCGAACUGAACACCGCGCUUAGGACGCGCGCGAGCAACGAUUUCGAACGGAAUUUGUACAAACUGAUGAACAACGCCGUCUUCGGCAAGACUAUGGAGAACGUGCGCGAUCACGUGGACGUGCGUCUCGUGACGCGAUGGGACGGGAGAUACGGCGCGGAGGCGUUGAUCGCUAAGCCGAACUUUCACAGCAGGAGCGUCUUUUCGGAGAAUCUGGUGGCGAUCGAGCUGCGAAAGCUCGAGGUAAAAUUCAACAAGCCGAUCUACGUGG